AUGGCGAUUAACAGACCACCAAACCUUCUGAGUGAAGCUGAUGAGUCGCUCCUUGGUUUAGUCAAAGACCUAGCUAGCCACCAGGAGGUUCAUAUUGCUGGGGAUUUCAAUGCACCUCCAAUAGAUUGGGAAAAUACGUCAGUUACCUGUGGGUCAACAUCUUUCAGCAAUAAGCUACUGGACUUCACACUCGAUCUGCCUCUGGCGCAACAUAUGAAGAUACCAACAAGAUUUCGAGAGGACCAGAGAGCGAAUUGUCUAGAUCUAGUCUUCACUGACCACUUUUGUAAUAUCGACUAAGAGUAUUCCAAUGCACCUCUCGGAAAAAUGACCAUACUACGCUAAUAUGGGAUUACACGCUCUUCUCUCAACGCCAAAAGAUAACAGAGGGUCAAACUAAUAUAUGGAAGGCACAUUUUAAUACGAUGAAGAACGAAUUGCUGUACGUGAAUUGGGACCAAUUACUCAGGGGAGAUCCGGAGGACGACUGGAGAUCUUUUUAGACGAUUUCACUCGAUCUGAUUCGGCGCUGUUGUCCACCUAAAGUACAAAAAAUAACUGGUCGACCUGCUUGGUUAACUAGGGACCUAAAUAGGCAGCUACGGAAGAAAAGCAAAAGAUGGAAAACAUUCAAGGAAAUUGUGUCACCAGUGCAUUUUGAAGAAUUUCGUCGUCAACUAAAUGCUGUCAAAAAAUGUAUUCGUCAGGCACCGAUGGAUUAUGAAUCCAAAAUUAUCCGACAGGCUGAACAGAAGACCAAGAUUUUAAUUCACUAUCUUAACAAUAGACUGAAAAAUAAGGACCCGGUCGCGGUGCUGAAGGAUGAUAAUUGUAUAGAAAUCAUUGAGUACAGCGAGAAAGCCAAACACUUUGGGUAGUAUUUUACCUCGGUUUUUACGAGAGAAACAGAUUUUCGCAGUCACAGUGCCAGCAAUGCUGUUGAGACUGCUGGUCCCAUGCUUGACUCCAUACUCUUCCCGGCAGCUGUCGUGAAAAGGGAACUGCAAAAUCUGAAGGAAGCAAAGUCCUCGGGUCCGGACAACAUACCGGUCAAAUUUGUGAAAGAACUGGCAAAUGAACUCUCCAAACCAUGGCACACAUCUUCCGCUCGUCAUUCGAAUUAGGGAGGCUGCCAUCGGAAUUGAAGACAGCAAAUAUUUAUCCGAUAUACAAGGGCGGGGCUGGCACUAAUGCCAACAAUUACCGGCCUGUCAGUCUAACCUGUAUCUGCUGUAAAAUAAUGGAGGCCAUAGUUAAGAAAGCAACAGUGAAGUUCCUGGAGAAGGGACAUUUACUCUCAGACCUGCAGCAUGGCUUCAGGCAGAACCGCUCAUGCUUUUCCAGUUUAUUGCUCUCGACGGAGCAGUGGCCUCGCGGACUGGACGAGGAUGGUAGGGUCGAUGUCAUCUACACAGACUUUAAGAAAGCGUUCGGCAGCGUCCCACACAAACGCCUAAUCUACAAACUUUCUGAAAUUGGGAUAAGAGGAAGGCUGCUGACAUGGAUAACAGAUUUCCUUACUGGGAGAUCGCAAACCGUGUGCAUUGAGGCCUCAAGUUCAACUCCUACCCCCGUUCUAAGUGGUGUACCGCUGAGGCGAGGAUUUGGGCAGACCGAUAAAGAGCUGUUCGGAAAAACCUAUGGAGCCUUCGUCCGGUCUCACUUAGAGUAUGCAGUCCAGGCCUGGCGACAGUGGUUAAUGGAAGGUUACCAACGACUGGAAGGAGUACAGGCGAUGGCUAUCAAUAUGGCUAAGAAUCAUCAUCAUCAUCAUCUGCCUUAGCUGAUCGAACUAAAUCUCUUUCCUCUAAAUUACAGGCAACUGCGCGGCGAUCUCAUUCAAACCUACAGGAUUGUCAGAGGCUGUGAGUUCGCCCUAGAGGUUGAUGAAUUCUUCGAAUUAGCCGGGACUGACCGUCUGCGUGGUCAUUCCUUCAAACUGCAGAGGAGGCUGGCUCAGUCGGACUUCCGACGGAACGCCUUCUCUCACAGGGUCAUUGAGGCAUGGAACGGACUCCCUGAUGCCGUGGUCCUUUCCGAAAGUGUCAAAUCCUUUAAGUGUAGACUAGAUGCUCAUUUGUUGAAACUACUGUGCAUAUAAUAAUGAUUGUUUUAGCGGCGGCAGUUUGUGCUUGGCUCAGAGUUACCGCUAACUUUUUAACUUUCCGUAUUUGCUGAUGUGAUUGAUGACUUUAUUUCUGCUUAGUGAUAUCAUUAGGGAGCUCAAGGACGAAAGCCUCAUUCCCUUAAUAAACUGACUUAAACUGAUAUAAACCAGCAAUAACACGGGAGACUUAUCAAUGACAGAAGAACGCUCACCGAACGUGUUACGGAAUUAGCUCGUUGCGAUGUGUCUUAGGGCUAUCUAUCGUGUCCAACCAGCAGCUUCAAAUUGUGCAUAAUAUCGGCAGAUUAGCAUUAUCGAUAAAGGCAGGGGAGACUGAAAUAGCCAUCUUUGGCUUAUUAGCCGUCGUCUGCCGGUCACACCCAGCCCCGUGCUGCGGCAUAGCUGGUGCUCGACCACGCGACCAGUUGGCUAAGGGUCCAAUGUCCCCCAGCACUGAGUCACGUGCUCGUUUUCCUGUCGGUUGCGUUCAGGACUAUGCAGGUGUAAGAUAAGGGAGUGUGAUUUCCGAACCCGUUGACUCUUUUCUGUUAAGCCUACCCAUGACUUCGCUGAACACGCAGCUCAAACUGGCACGUCCGUAAUCGGUCGCAAACGCAGAGAUGAGCGUAGUGUGCAUCCUUCUCCGGGUCAUGAGAAAAAUCCGGUAAUCAAACGAUUCAAGGACAGAACAUGUAGUGGCUCAGUAAUUCCUGGCGCCAAUUUGAAUGUGAGUAUCUUUACAAUCUUCCCCAACCACAGAGAUCAACCUCGCCGCAGGAUUCCUAGUCCCAUGAAAUCAAGCUGUUCACAGAAAUGGAUGCUUGUACUUGUUGAACUAUCGACAACCUUGUGAAUAAAUAAAGUGAAAUUUGGCUCACUUGUUAAAAUGCUGAAAGAACUGAUAAAAGUGCGAAAAUCUGUUUGUUCGUUCCGAUUAGUGGAGGCCUCCUUAUUAUACCAAUUAGGACUGGAAUCCCAGCGCUCGUGCUCUUAUUAAGAAAGCUAUAUGGAACUGGAAGAUUAACAAAGAAACGAAGCCCUUAUUCUUGUAGGUCAAGGCUUUGUAUCAUUUGAGCGUUGUAGUUUUGUUGUCCGGUUAAACCCCUUCCGCGGCCUUCAGGCUUUACGCCAGUCACUAAAGCCUGAUUUAUUUUCCGACUCUUUGUGAGGUACUUCAAACACGCUUGGACAGGUUCCAGUCCUAGUUGAUAUUCCCAGAGAACUCAGAACCGCAGACUACAUUCGAUUUCUCAGCUUCCUCCUGCAAAAGGUCUCCUUACCUGACUUUCGUUUACGUUAUGUUUGCGCGUAUAUAACAGACUAUGACAAUACCCUCAUGAAAGUGCAACGUAAUCCUUUCUAAAGAAAUAACAAUCCUGUUAUUCUCCAUACACUCAUACUGAAGUCAAAGCACAUCGUGUGUGGAGAACUUGAUUUUCGCUUCUAGAAUAUCCUUUGUCAAAGGCAACCUAGGAAAACUCAGGCUACAUAUCACAUUAAUGAAUGUUAAUGCAUAAAAGUCUCUCAUAAAAAUAAAGUCCGUCUGGCAGUCUUUCUCAGCUAUCCCUUUCAGCAGGCAAUUAUCAGCAUCGAAAUGCAAAUUUAGUGGCUAAUGCUUAGAAAUCGCUUCAAGAAUCUGCCAAUAUCCAACUUUUAUAAUCAGUAGACAUGUGGGUUCUUUUCACAUUUGAUCAACUGUUUCUAUAAACGCCUAAGUACACUUUCAUUCUAGCGGUCACCUCUGCUUUGCAUAAAUGCCAGAACCAUAUGACGCCUAUUCUGCGACUAUGAACUAUAUGGGAUAUCCACGUUUCUGUUAUUGAUGUAGCGUUUGAAAGUACGUCCUAUUACCGCAUAUUCCGUUCUUCGAGGUCCAUUCAGGAACUAAGCGCACGAGAAAGGCUCGAUAUAUUUCAGUCGCCUAAAAAGCGACGGCGGAAACAACGAGCAAAAAAUAGGGUAGUUGUUGAAAUGUUGUGAGUUCGUCAAAAAAUCACUAGGUUCCACAAUAGGUUUCCCAACAGGCUCUCUCAGCCCUCACGCUCAGAUCUCACUUAGAAAAAAGCCGAUUGAAAAUAAUGAAGAGUAGCCCUCUACUGGGCAGAUGUGUUCGCUUUUGUCCGCGUUACCGAUAAUUUGCCCGUACUUUGUGAUUUUUUCGGUCUACUUGCACUUUCAUUCAUUAUCUGUUGACUCGUGAGCUGUGAGUUUUUGAAUUGUUUUCUUAUUUUCUAAACUUAGGUUCUUUUUAAAAAUCUCUAAAUUUCUUGUUUGGUCCCCAACGAUUUUUGGGGUUUGAUUUUUUAACAUACAGGGACGGUUAACUGCCCACUAGAAUCCCUACAAUCAACCUGUGUAUUGGCCUGGUACGAGUGUUAAUUUGGUUUUCAUGCCUAUGGUGGUUCCGGCAAAACCUAUCAAAUGUUCGAAAUUUACUAUUCCAUGAUAGAUAUCAUGCAUUUACUUCCGACUUGCCGACCUUACAUCUUUAUGGCAGGUAUUGGAGACAGCGGUUUCGGUUUUACGGAUUCAGAACCACGAACAACUGUUAUUGGAGCGUGGUGCUUUGGGAUGAAUCACAUGCUUUGACUAACAAUAUAAGGAAACUUGGACCGUUUAUUUGAAUAUCGGAAUUGCUUUAAGUGAGUUACUAAAAGGUCAACGGUUACAUCGGGAACUUCUAUAAAAGGACCAAGAAAUGUGCGAAUGUGCUUCGCCAACAACACGGUUCUGUAAGUUGCCCUUCUGCUAAGAGUUCUAUAUUUUUUUUAAUUUGAGUUUUUAAUUCGAGUUUCCCCUUUAGGUGUUUUAA